CCAAGUAAGUGUGUCUAUACACCGGGAAUGCUACAUAUCGUUAGAUAUCAUGUUUUGAAGAAGUAAACAUCCUAUGGUAUCUCCCAAGACACAAGAUGGUACUAGCACUGCUCCUACUAUUAAUAUUACCAGUUGUGGAAUGCGGUCGGCUACAAGUCAGCGGUGAUUAUUUCGUGAAAGACGGGAGCCGCGUCUUUCUGUCAGGCGUCAACCUGGGCUGGAUUAAACUGGCCUACGACUUUGGGAACAAUCAAUUUGCUGCACGAAAAUCCAGCUAUGAGAGAUUCUUCAAGGACCUGCACGACUCAGGGGGGAACUCCAUCCGGAUAUGGGUACAUAUGCAGGGUGACAGCAGUCCCGAAUUUGACAAAAACGGCUACGUGAUCGGUACAGACAGUUCGGGUACAUUUCUCAGUGAUAUCAAGGAGGUGCUUGACAUGGGCCAGAAAUACAACAUCCUCGUGUUCUUCUGCCUCUGGAACGCGGCCGUUAAGUUUAAGUUUGAAUACCGGAUGGAUGGUCUGAUUCGGGAUACCGGGAAACUCACGUCCUACCUGGAACAUGCCCUCAUCCCGUGGGUCAAGUCUGUGAAAGACCACCCGGCAAUUGGAGGCUGGGACAUUAUGAAUGAACCCGAGGGCCUCAUCAACACGCAGAGAAGCAGCAGUAAUCCUUGCUUGAAUGCAACCCAUCUCAUACCGGAUGGAGCCGGCUGGUCUGGGAAACUUUACAACUAUGAAGAUGUUCUCAGGUUCAUCAACUGGCAGGUCGACGCCAUCAGACAAACAGACCCUGGUGCUCUUGUGACGGUGGGAUCAUGGAAGCCACAGGCCAAUACGGACGAGUACGGCUCUCAUAACCACUACUCGGAUCAUUGUCUGACUCAGUCAGGAGGCAAGCCACAGGGAGUGCUGCAGUUCUAUGAGAUGCACUCUUACAGCUCCCACGGACAGUUUGACUACCUCUCGCCAUUCAAGCACGAAAAGAGUGACUACAAGCUGAACAAGCCAGUGAUAGUGGGUGAGUUUGCCGCCCGGUCUGGGGGCGGGAUGGCCAUUGAGGCACUGUUCCAGUACGCCUAUGACCAUGGCUACCGAGGGGCGUGGAGCUGGUCUGCUACUGACAGCUAUUAUGGCGAUCUAUGGGAGACUCAAAGGAAAGGGGUGGCAUCAAUCAGAUACAGCAAUGACACAUCCACGGGAACGGUACAGCUGACCGUGUAAUGUGAAGAAUAAAAUCUAACCUGGCCGGUCUUCCCUGCA